AUGGAUAAUCAGUCUAAUGUAAGAAGUUUCAUUCUGUCAGGAUUUAAUGAGACAGUUAAUUUCAGAGUACCUCUCUUCUCAUUUACUUUACUGUGUUACUGUGUGAUUUUGUUCAUCAAUAUCUCUCUUGUGCUGCUCAUUGUCUUGGAUGCAAACCUGCAUGAACCUAUGUACAUUUUACUGAGUAGCUUUUGCAUUAAUGCAGUUUAUGGGACCACAGGUUUCUACCCAAAAUUCCUUUCAGAUUUACUGUCGUCUUCUCAGACAAUCUCAUAUGAAGGGUGCCUUUUACAAGCUUUUAUCAUGUACUCAUUUGGCUGCUGUGAUUUGUCCAUUUUAGCUGUUAUGGCCUUUGACAGGUAUCUGGCUAUAUGUCGACCUCUGCACUACCACUCUUUCAUGACUAAGAGGAGGCUCUCACAGCUGGUGUGUUUCUCUUGGCUAACACCUUUAUGCACUUUCUCCAUCAAUAUCGUGCUAACAUCAAAACUCAGGUUAUGUGGAAUAAACAUUCAAAGAGUCUUAUGUCUAAACUGGUUAAUUGUUAAACUUGCUUGUCCUGAAGCUGAUACUUUUUCAAACAACAUCAGCGCAUAUGUAAUAUUUAUCUUCUAUGUGUCUCAUGGCUUUUUCAUAAUGUGGACUUACAUGCAUCUUAUAAAAACAUGUGUGAGGUCCAGAGAUGACAGGUUAAAGUUUAUGCAGACCUGUGUGCCACAUCUGAUCUCUUUGAUCACAUUUCUGUCUGUAAUUGUUUUUCAGUAUGUGUACCUGCGACUUGACUCCACAGAUUUAUCUCAAAGUCUUCAAAACUUCAUUGCCAUUGAAUUUCUCAUCAUUCCUCCCGUUAUGAAUCCUCUUGUAUAUGGAUUUAAGCUCGCCAAAAUACGAAACAGGAUUUUUACUUUAGUUCAUUAUAAAACAAAAUGA